AUGAGGCAAUCUGAAACUUAUGAACAGCUUAUCUAUGGUCCGACAUCGAGAUCUGUGCUCCUACAGACUCUACAGGAUCUACUUAAUCAUCUGGUUCAACGACGUACCAAUUCCUCCAGACAUGAAGUUCCGAGUCUUGGGACUUUUACUAAAAGAACUACUUUCUUUGGCACGCCGUCAAGAGUCGACGCCCUCUUACUUCCCUAUCAGCAACAAAUGGAAGAUAUUCUUAUGGAGUCUACAGCUGUUACAUUCCUGCAAGCUUUUGAGAAUUAUUCUUCUCAUGCUUUACCGUUCAUUAACAUCGAUAAGACUCGUGUGUUAUUGGAUAGUCUCCGUAACGCUGGACCUAGCGAUAUAUCGCCACGAGACAAAGCUCUACUACUUACAAUACUCGCCAUCAGCGCACUGGGCACAUCUGAAACCGAUACCACGGAGGCCCUCUUGAUAUAUGCUAAGCGUGAGGUAGCCCUGUUUGACGAUGCAGCAACAUUAUUAAUAGUUCAUUUCUGCCUCUUGAUGUCAGAUUACCAGCUCAACAUGGGACGCUCUAAUGCUGCGUACUUGCAGUUCUGUUCAGCUUGCGCCAAAGCUAUGUCUAUGGGUUUACAUAUUCAGGGUGGUAGUGAUGCAGUGGAGGAUGGGCAUCAAGUCUAG